AUGGCUUUCAUUUGUCGUAAUAUUGACAACGCCAGUCAAUUAAAAUUCUGGCCGGAUGUUAUGUUCUCAUCACCAGUAGAAAGGUAUAUAAAUGAACUUGGCGAUGUUCAUUCUAUCCAUCCAGAUUCUUUGGCUAUUGUACUUGUUAAUCUUGUUGCUGCAACAUUAGAAUUUUCUUAUGUUUUACGAGCGAAUUCCAUUAGUAAUAAAAUACCGACAAACUUGUUCAAUUUAAUUGUAGCUCGAUCAUCGUAUGGUAAAUCUGAUUUAACAAGAUUAUUACGUGAUAUGCUAAAAACUGUUGUUUUACAUCGACCAACAAAAUUUCUUUCAACAAGCCAAAUCGCUGUAGGUAGUCAAGUUAAUGCAAGUUUGGAUGAAAUGUCAAAAGCUGGAUUAAUGUCAGGAUUAGAUGAAUGUUGUCGCACCGUCAUUUGUGAUGAAGCCGAUAUGACAUUUGCAGAUGUUGGUUUAUUUCUAUCGAAUAACGCCUGUCCUUUAGUUAUGACAUUAUUUGAUCGUGUUUCGCAUGCCUACAUUAGGCAACUAGCGAACCGUUCUGUGUCGGGUUGCUCAACUGGUGAUAUCAUUUCGAACAUGAUUAUUCGUAUGAAAUCUGGUGCAUGUUUUGAUCCAGCUAUUGGUCGAUUUAUCUUCUGGCCUCUCGAUGGACCAGUCAUUCCUGAUAAAUUGAUGCAACGACAAAUUGACAAUAAUUUAUCUGCUUCUCUCCAUCAGUUUGUUGUCACUUUAUCAUUUGUCGAGAAUGCAAUAUUCUCGUUUGAAGAUGAUGCAAUUGCCGAAAUGAUUACGUGGGGUAAUAUGUGCAAACAAAGAAGUUUUGACGAACGCAAUACAAACGAAAGUUUGUCUGCCCGUUUAGGCAAGGCUGUGCAACAUGUGUAUCGUAUGGCAUCUUUUUUACAAACAAUUGAAAUUGGUUUCGACAUUUGUCAAGACUAUAUAGAACAUUAUCAGCACUUUCCAACAGAUGGUACAAUUAAUGCUGAUUUUAUCGAUAAUAUUUCAGAUCUUUUUCAUUUAAAAUAUCCUUGUCAAUUUCGAUUACAUGAACCUGAUCCAUUUCAAAUUUCGAAAGAUGUUGCCCUUCGUGCAAUUGACUUGAUAUCUUGCAAUAUGCGUCAGUUUAUCAUGUUAUUCGACAAUACAUAUGCUCCAAAAGUAUCGUCUAUAGGUCGACAAGUUAUCGUACUUUCACCAGAUCAACAAAAAAGUUCGUCCGAUGAUCCAUCUUCAAUUCAACAUAAAGAGUUUAUGAAUUUGAAACUGUUCGUUCAUACGGCACAAAACAAUGACUUUGGUGAAAAUGAUAUAGAAGAAACCAUUGUUACCAUGUCGUCAUCUUAUACGAAUCAAUCCAACAAAUGUUCAUCUCAUAUUCCACUUCAAGUAGAAGAAAAUCUAUUUGAUAAUCUUAAUUUUUUUGAUGAAGAACAGAAUGAACAUUCGAAUUAUAUUAACAUUCAUCAUGAAAAACAAAAUAAAAAUUUAAGUAAUGUUGGCGUUUGUGAAGCUAUAGAAAAUAUUAGUUUGAUUGAUGUAAAUAUUUUUCAUGAAGAACAAAACUAUGAUAUGCAUAGUGCUGAUACUUCUGAUGUUCAAGAAAAUAUUAAUUUGAACAAUAUUAACAUUUUUCAUCAAGAGCAAAAUAAUGAUAUACAUAUGUUUGAUGUUCCUGAUGUUGAAGAAAAUAUUAACUUGAAUAAUAUUAAUAUUUGUCACCAAGAAUCAAAUAAUGAUUUAAAUCAAUCUGACGGUUCUGAUGUCGAUAAAAAUAUUAAUUUGACCACUGGCAGUAUUAAUCAUCAUGAAAAAAAUGAUGAUUUAAAUAGAUUUGAUGUUUCCAGUAUCGAAGAAGAUAUAAUUUCAAAUGAUACCAAUAUUCGUAAUAAAAAAAAACGUAAUCAUUUAAAUAAUAUCUUUUCCAGUCCGGCAGCCUGGCGAACACGAUCAAAAUCAAAAACAGCAACUGUAAUGGAUCAAGAAAUAACUAUGGUUAAGAAAAUUGAUCGAUAUAAUAAUAUUAUUGAAAUAAAGCGUAAACGUAAAAAAGAUGAUAAACCAAAAAACUCUUCUAAUAAAAGAACUCGGAAUUAA